GUGGCGCCGUGGUAGCCGAUCCUGUUCUUCAACUUCCGGUUUCUGCACUGUGCAACUAUUACAGUUGCAUUUUUAAUUAAAGAUGCCAAGUUCUUGUUGUUGUGUACCUGGAUGUCAUUUAAGAGGAGGGCAUGCAUUUCCAAAUGACUUAAAAAGAAGGAAAAGUUGGAUCAACGCCAUGGCCCAUACGCAGAUUGGACGAGAACACGAUGAAAUCGUGGAGUCCAUCUCAAUCAGCUGUUGUUUGCAAGGCACAUUUUACUGAAAAAGACUAUGUGCAGGAAACUAUUCAUGGGCGCAAACCCACCAUACAGAGACUUAAGUCUACUGCCAUUUCCAGCCUAUUUUUCUGGACUAAGCAAGAGACUGAAUCGUCCGCAAAAAGAAAAAUCAGGGCAGUUUCCUGUGAAAACAAAAGAACUAAACUUGAUGAAUAUUGUAGUAGAAAUCUAGAGGAAAGUUUUGAUUGUAAAGUUGGUUUUCCUGAAGAAGUCAUUCAUACUGCAGACAGGAUUUAUGACUGUCCACCACCAACUGCCGAGCUAAUGUUGAGCUUCACAGAUGGAAUUACGCAAACACCAUCAAUGCCUAUAUUUUCAGCAGAGAAUUUUGAAAUGAAGACACGUGACACAGCCAUGCAUUUUUAUACCGGUUUAGAGUUGUAUACUAAAUUUUUAUUUGUUUUGACCACACUUGGUCCAGCAGCACAUUGUUUGAGAUACAUAUAUUUUCAAAUUGAUAGGGUGUCAUUUGAAAAUCAGUUUUUUUAUGACUUUGAUGAAAUUGAGGCAUUAUACAACCAACUUUGAACUGUCUAGAUUCUAGAUUGAAACUAGUGUUAAGAAUAUUGUGUAAACAUGGAUUGUUUUUAUGUCUAAACAGUGGCGUGAGGCUAACACUUGGCCAUUUAGUGGUUUAGUCAGGUAUUUUUCGCCAUCCAACUUCAAAUUAAAGUUUCCUACAACUUGGAUUAUUAUUGACAGCACAGAAUAUCCCGUGAUAAAACCUAAAGCUCCUAGAGCUCAGGCAACCUUUUCAUCAUAAAAAACAGAAACACUGAAAAUACUUGUAUGUUCGACACCUGGUGGUUUAGUCAACUAUGUCUCUAAUGCAUAUGUUGGUUGUACCAGUGACUGUGAAAAAGUUGAAAGAUGUAGAAUAGUUCAAUUAUGUGAUCCAGGUGACAGUGUGAUGGCAGACAAAGGUUUAAAUGUGCAAGAUUUGUUUGCUCACUUUUUUCAAAAAAAGAAACAGAAUUAGUUCCAAAACUCUUAUACGGGAUAGAAAAGUCUCCAAUUAACACGUGCACAUAGAGCUAAUUAUUGGACUUGGCAAAACAUACAAAAUUCUAAUAAAUCCUAUGAAUGAAACUGAAACAAAACUUUCAUCUGAAAUAACAUUUAGUUGUUUUAUGUUGUGUAAUUUUAGAACUUGUAUUGUGCCAAAGGAUGCAUAAAUAAAAGUGACGCAAUGAA